AUGCCCUCCUCCUUGAGUCACAGCAUUCGGCUCGCUCUCUGCAUGGCCCUGGUUUUCUUACAGUUGUCUGGGACAUCAGGCUCCCUGCUGAACUGCCACAAAAUGUGCAUCUGCGCCAGUAACAUUGUGAGUUGCUCCAAAAUGAACUUGACCACCAUCCCCACUGCACUGCCUAAAUACACAGCAGUGCUUGACCUGAGCUACAAUGACAUCACAAGGCUACGUGCAGAAUGGACAACAUAUAAACUGCCCCAGCUCCAUAAUCUUCUGCUAAGUCACAAUGGCCUUCACUUCAUCUCCUCUGAGGCUUUCAUUUAUGUGAAGCAGCUUCGCUACCUGGACUUAUCUUCAAAUAACCUUCGCCAGCUGGAUGAGGUUAUCUUUGAGCCACUUGAGCACUUGGAGGUGCUGUUGCUAUACAACAACCACAUCUCACAGAUCGACCGCACUGCUUUCUCUGGUCUCAACAGUCUGCAGAAGCUCUACCUAAGCCAGAACAAAGUAUCCCGCUUCCCCCUGGAACUAGUAAAGGACAAGUCACGGCUUGACAACCUAAUUCUGCUGGACGUAUCUUCCAACCAGAUCAAGGUCCUCCCAACCCAAGAGCUGCAGACCCUUCCAGCCUGGAUCAAGAACGGUCUCUACUUUCACAACAACCCACUUCUCUGUGACUGUGAACUCUACAGUUUGCUGGCCCACUGGUACAUCCGAAAACUCAACUCAGCCCAGGACUUCAGAGAUGACUACACCUGCGUGAUGCCUGGUCAGGAGAAGAAAGUAGAGAGAGUUUUUGAGUUGAAUAACCACAUGAACUGCAGCAGCUUUAAGGAGGCAAAUGAGGAAGCCUAUUUAGAGCAGACCCUUACUCUACCGUGUGACACCAAGCACAGGAACAUGUCAAAGACGUGGGUGUUGCCAGGCAAUGUGGUGGUUUCCCCUGGCAGCAACCAGACUGCAAAGGUUCUUAAAGACGGCAGCCUUCAGAUCAGUCCCAUACGAGAGGAGGACUCAGGGAACUAUACUUGCUAUGCCAUUAGUGAGAGUUUCAACGAAACCCUUUACAUAAAGGUGACUGUGCACAACUUCACCCUCAAUGGCAAUGGCGAGACACUUAACACGGCCUACACUACCCUGGUGGGCUGCUUGGCCAGUGUGGUUUUGGUGCUAAUCUACUUAUACCUGACACCUUGCCGCUGCUUCUGUUGCCCUGGACACAGCAAGUCCAAGAGCCACCAUGAGGACAGCAUCCAUUCAUCCAUGCUUAGCGCCACACCCACUCACGAGGACCUGGCAACCAAGGCAGAGCUCAACAGGCAUGUGGCCUUCAUAGACCCAAAAGACCUUCAGGGCCAAAAUGGCAAAGUCAACCCCAAUGGGGAUGAGGACCUGGAUGAGGAGGCCCUGCAAGGGAAAGACCAAAGGAAGAAAUCAGUUGCCGAAUCUAUCAGCUCGGUCUUCUCAGACACACCCAUUGUAGUCUGA